AUGGACGCUUUAAAGAACGGAGAAUCUCAGCCCGUCUACAGCCGCUGGUCGUACAGACCCUCGAGCUCUGCCAGCUUCUCCAACUCACCAGCAAGUGGCAUCGAAGAUGACAGCUCGAGUCUUAUGCAACAGAAGCUGGAGAAACAGAGGGCACUGCUGGAGCAGAAGCAACGGAGGAAGCGCCAGGAACCUCUGAUGGUGCAGCCCAACACGGAGGCCCGGCCCCGGCGCUCCAGGAUGCGGCGCGGUGAGGAGCAGGCCCCUCUGGUGGAGUCCCAAGCCAGUAUCACCAACGAUGUCAUCAUGGACGGUAUCGACGGCCCAGCAGCCUUCUUGCGGUCAGAAGCCCCCGAUGUGGGAAUAAAAAUCCUGUCAGUGAGCCGCUCCCAGUCCCAGUCCCAGUCCCUGUUCCAGUCCCAGCCUCAGUCCCCUGUUGCCGAGGAACCUGAGCGAGACGGAGACACUGAGACGCUGCUCGAACCCAAGACAGAUAUCCAGGAAUUACUGCAGAGACAAGGUUUGUCCGGCAGUUUGAACUUCGAUGAAGACAGCGACCCUGAGGACGACGCGGAGGAAGAUCGAUCGCGUUCUCUGUCCCCACACGCGGGCAACACCAGACCCGCCUCUGCCGCCAGCGGCAAGGACGUCCCAGAGCCGGCGUCGCCCGGGUCCCCCGCGGCCGACGGCUCGCCGAUAGAUGUGGCCGAUCCAGAGGAGUUCGUCUUGCUCGCGGCUCCGCGCGGCGUCACCGUCAAGUGUCGAAUCACUCGGGACAAGAAGGGGAUGGACCGUGGCCUCUACCCCACCUACUUCAUGCACAUGGAGAGGGAGGAUGGCAAGAGAGUCUUUUUGCUGGCAGGAAGGAAGAGAAAGAAGAGUAAGACGUCCAACUACCUGAUAUCAGUGGAUGCCACUGACCUGACGCGAGAGGGAGAGAGCUUCAUAGGAAAACUGAGGUCCAACCUCAUGGGCACCAAAUUCACAGUGUACGACAACGGCACCAACCCCGGCAAAAACCCCGGGACGCUGCUGGAGGAGAGCAACACGCGGCAGGAAGUGGCCGCCGUCUGCUACGAGACCAACGUGCUGGGCUUCAAAGGGCCGCGCAAGAUGACCGUGAUCAUCCCCGGCAUGAACCCGAACUUCGAGAGGGUCGCCGUGAGGCCUCAAAACGAGCAGGAGAGCCUCCUGAGCCGGUGGCAGAAUCACGCGCUGGACAACCUGAUCGAGUUGCACAACAAGGCCCCCGUGUGGAACGAGGACACCCAGUCGUACGUGCUGAACUUCCACGGCCGCGUCACCCAGGCGUCCGUCAAAAACUUCCAAAUAGUCCACGACAACGACCCCGACUACAUCGUCAUGCAGUUCGGGAGGGUGGCCGAAGACGUCUUCACCCUGGACUACAACUACCCCAUGUGCGCCCUGCAGGCCUUCGCCAUCGGCCUGUCCAGCUUCGACAGCAAGCUGGCCUGCGAAUGAAAGGACGGUUCUCGGCGCCGCCUUUUCGAACGUGCUCCCUCCCCGGAGCCCGGGGGGCCGUCACAACACCCGCGGCUGGAGAAAAGAGCCAGGAGGCUCCGGAUAGCAUUUUUAGCGAGGCUGACGACACUACACUAUGUCCACAUCUGUCCAAAAUAAAAAAGCCCUCUGGUGUCUUCGCGGGAGGCGGACACUGGUGUGGGACAUCUGGUGCAAAAAAAGCAGGCGAUUACAGAUGUGUGACUCGGGCGAUGUUUGCAGGGGGUGAUGUGUGUAUUAACCAUGUUUUUACUGUCGCCUUUUUAGUUUGAUUUCAGUCUGAGAUUUGGUUCUGAGGACGACAACAAUUUUUAAUUCCAUAAAAAACAAUCGCCUUUCCUCUGGCGACACGCUCAGGCCAAACUUAUUUGGUAACAAGGGACUCUGUUUUUUUAUCGAGCCGUCAUCUGGUGAGUGAGUUGCAUCAUGGUCACGAUUUCACUCUCGUUCACAUCUUUGAAUGUGAUAAAGCAGUUUAAUCUUUUAUCUAUUUUAAACUAAUUUCUAUCAUCAUUUCUGUCAACCCUUUCAAGUAUGUUCAAGUGUGAAAAGUUCUUUAUUCAGAACUCGCCUGUGUUAUGGUGUUUGUGGGUUUUUUGUGAAUGUAUGUCAUUUUUAUCAGUGACUUAAUGGAUAAUUAUGAGAGAAAAAAUGCGGAAUUGCACAUUUGAAAGAAUAUAGGAUAUAGGUAUAUAAAACACAAGUCAAUGCCUUAUUUGAACUUUUCAAGCUGUCUUUAAAAUGCAUAAAUCACUAAAUGUAACGUCAUGGCAUUUUAAAAUAAUGGAUAAGAGCUUAUAACUUAUCUGCUGUUCCUACACUUGAUGUUCAGGAUAUCAUUGACAUUUUAUUGCGCUGAGGUCGUUUUAUAGCCCACCUGCCUGUCUCCAGGCUUCGAUAAUAGGCGGCGUCUCUUCUUUUGAAUUAAAAAGGGAAUAUUAAGGGAAAUCAGUAAAAGAAAGCGUCCUUCACGGAUCUAUGUCACAUUUAAAUAUAUUGGUAAUUCAGUGCACUGAAUGUCUGUGAGGGACACGUGAAAACAUCUGGAUCCUCUAAAGACAAAAUGAUCUGGGUUUUUCAGGGGUCAAGAUGCAUGUUAUUUGAUUUGUUUUUUUCUGCUCACCGAUAAAAUGAAUUCAAGACUACAGAUACCUAGUUAUGUCUUAAGGAAAUUAAUGUUACAUAUUUGUUUCAGUAGAACUGUGCCAGCAAUUUAUGUGUGAAUUGGAGUUUUGACAAAAAGAGAAAGAAAAACAAUAUUUAUAGAAGGCUUUUUGGAAUAUAUAUGCUUUUACUACAAGAGACUUUUUGUGAAACACAUUCCAGUCUGACAUGUUGAUAUAGUUUUAUUUGAACGGAUGAAAGUAUAACGAGGGGAGGAUCAAACCGGUUUAUCGCGUUAAAAUACGGGGAGACGAGUGCAACAGUCUGUUUUCAUAAACAUGGCGGAUUCAAAAAACAAAAGUACUUAUUUCCAUCAAUGUAAAACCUUUAAAUAACCAAAAUAAAACAAAACAUUUCCUGAAAGACA